UUAUUUAUCUAUCCAGCUAAUCUGCUAUUGUGUCUGGAGCAGAUAUUUUUCUGACAUUCUUUUGGAUCCGGACUAUCUAAUACAUACAACGAACCAUAUAUAUUCCCGGCAACGAGCCUUAUCCUUCACUCACUCCGCUUCCAAUCUGGCUCUAGCAUGGCUUCGACAACUCUCCAGUUCUUGUCAUCCCCUUCCCCUAUUCAUCAUCCAACCCAUUUCAAUCCAAAUAAACGUUCACAAUUUCUCAUUCUAAACCAACCCAGAAAGCAACUUCCCAUCAAAUGCUCUGCUUCAGACUUCCCAGCCCCAGAUCCCAACUCCAGCACACUGAACGACCCAGAGACAUUCCCAAUUGAGAAGAGAAGAAGAUCUGAAAUCCUCAGAGAAAGAAGAAGGCAAAGUUCAGAGCUUUCAAAGGCAGAGCCACCGAGCUUUGAAAUUGGAUGGAAGAGAACAAAAGAGAUAAAACUGGAGAAACCAAUAGGGUAUGUGAUUGCAGAUUUCUUGGAGAAGCUUGAGGGUCUAAUGGGGAAGGAGUUUGGGUCCACAGAGCUCCUGGCAAAAGCAGGGGAGAUAGUUGCAGAGAGAGCAAGAGAGGAAGCGGAGGUUCUGAGAGAUGAAGGGAAGGUGGAAGAGAGAAUGGUGACUGAACUUUUCAGGGUAUUGAAGCUGAUGGAGAUGGAUUUGGCUAUGGUGAAGGCUGCAGUGAAGGAGGAGACUGUGAGUGAGAGGCUUGAACAGGCCAAGGCUAGGUGCAGGCAAGCCAUUCUUGUCGCCUACUCUUUCUAGAAACGAUCUCUCUAUUUCUCCCCUCUUCAGAGUGUAAUAUGAUGAGAAAAACAAAAAUCAACGGCCUAUAUGGAUUAAAAGAAGUUGUGGAGCGUUGUUUUAAUGAUUUCAUUAGGAUUAUCUGGAAAAACAGUUGUACGCGUGACUGUGUGAGUACAAAGUUGCAGUUUGAGAUUCAGUGGAAGACGUUGGCUUUGCUUGGGAUCAUAAUUAAAAGUAUUUAUAUGCA